UCUGCAAGUAACUGUACUCUGUAGUUCUUUUGCCAGUUUUGGAUGGAACUAACUUACUUGUUGUAUAGUAGUACUAGUAGUCUUCCUGGUUUCCUUCUAUCAUUUCAGCAAGGCAUGUUAGAAUCAUGGCGGAUGGUGAUCCUGAUAUGAUAGAAAGUGCUGAUGAAGAUGUUGAUGUUGUACUGCAAACGACACGUCCCGCUCCUGUGGUCAUCAAGGGCAUUGGAAACAUAACGAUGUUUGGUUUGACAAAUCGUUUCGACAAUGACUUUCCUCCCAGUCUGAUUGGAAAGGUGGCCAAGGAGGAAUUUAAUGCUACUAUCGACCUUGUGAACAACUUGAUAGGCAGAGCAGUUCCACGCAGUGCUCGGUGGCUCGUCGCAGGCUGUCUAUGUUGCUGCUGUACAGCGGGAUUUUCCCUGUCUCCUGUCGUUUAUCUCAACAAGAAGACCCAAUCUAGAAUACGUGGCGUCUUGGAAGCAGAAAACAACCGCGUUUACCAAAAAUUGGGAUUCUCCUGGUGGUUAGAAAAGCAGAAGUGUCCAGCCAGCAACCUGAAAGAAUAUGUGAUUUUGAUCGAGACACUAGAGCGGCUUGACAUACACAGACCAGACUAACAUUAGUUACUGGUAAUUAUCAUGCCGUGCGUACUUGACAUCAGGAUGGAGCAAAAUGUACGAAGGUAAUGGUCGGGUAUCAGCCGCCGCGAUCCCUGGCAGAAAGAGGUUGGCUUGCAAGUAAGCCGUGCACAGUUUUGUACAUACUGUAAGAAAUCUAAGUCUGUCUGUAACAUAGACACAUGCAUUGCCACUGUCCUAUAACAGCCACUUGGCUUAGGCUGUGCUCAAGUGCAUGGCCACACGCGUUGUCAAAUUUUGCCGUUUAGUCCGCAACCUGCUUUACACACCCAUCCGCACCUCAGGCCUAUCCCUUUCUUUCUCAAUUUUUAGCGCAUAUUGUUACGUAUAGUCCGGAUGACUGCCGUCUAGUGCAGGUUAAUGUUUCCCAUAUUGCUGACUGGUUUGAUACAGAGGGGAAGCUCCGCUUUGUUCCCUUGCUUUGAAUGAGUUUCGCUCGCUGUUCAUUACGUGCAAGUCCGCUGCUGUUGCCACACUGUGUUGUGGCCUGCAUUGUUCGUUGACCCACGUACUGCUUUGCGUUACGGUGUCCUGUUUACCUAAGAGUGGUGUUUGCUUAGCUUUAUGCCACAAACGCCACUUUCCACCUGUUGUUUUUUCACCCCUGGAGGGUACCCAGUCCCGUCUAUGUCCGUUUAUGCACUGUUAUCAUGAUUGUUGCUUUCUUCUUCUUCUCUUUUUUCUAUUUUUCCGUAUCGCAAUCUUUUUUCCGCUUGAAUAUUGCUGGACAAUGCUACGCUAACAACGAGUUUUUUUGGUCGUGCUUUUAACUUUUAACCCUCCCCCUGCUUCUAUUUUUUGAAUCCACUCAUUUUCUCAUUGUUUAGUUUGAUACUUUAUUCUUUUUCUGUCCGCUACUCUACAUCGUGACAUCUGCCAUAUGAGCUGAAUUUCCGCGAGAAUACAGUGACUCUUUGUCUGUCUGUUCA